AUGAAUGAUGCUCUGUACGUAAUGCGCGCCGCUCGGCAGGGGAAUUUGGUGAUGGCUUCGUGUCAAUGGGGGCGCGCUUUGCAGAGUUUUCUUGAAAUGGAGGUGUGUGAGCAAUUUUCAAGAGAAGAUGGUAGAGAAGUUAGGGGGAGAGAAUAUCCAAGGAGAAGUUCUGGGCUAGAAUGUGGAAAAUUGAAAGGGAAUGUGGAACUUCCCACGUGCUUGGGGGUUCUGGGUUCUGGGGUGAUGUCAGCUCAGGAUCUGAUAUCAAAGCCUCCUAGAUCCUCCACCUUCACGAGUCUGGUUGGCGCACUGCAGAGCAUAAUGGUUGAGCUUGGUCCAAUUGCUUUCUCCGGACCAUCUCCAUCGAAAAUUGGAAACGUUCGAACGGGAAGCCCCUCAAUUCGAGAUUCCCAUAUCAACUCAACCUUGGCAUGGUGGCUAGAGCGAGGGUUCCUGCAGGAGGCAAAACAGGAUCUGGCAGGGCUGACGAACAUGAACACGCCGCCUGAUCACCGGGAGCCGAGGGGAGCAAAUAUGGAUCGUACCAGCAGUUCGGAACGCCUGGGGACGUCUGACGUGAAUCACCGCUUCCCUGAUGCCAUACUUGGGAGCGGGGUUAGCACAGUCGCUAAAGCAGCGCUGCUAAUCGUAGGCGCCCCUUGCGCCCCAGCUCCCACCAGCCCUGUCACUGAGCUAGCAAUCCGAGACGACAACGUUCCUAGCUUGGCGAGGCUGCUUGCUUCUCCACUAUGCAUUACUACUUCUGGCGGAUGCCACUCCCAUUUCAUAUCAGCACAGGAAACACUCACGUGA